UAGAAUUUCACUUGAAGCAGGCGUUCCUAGCGGUCAUUCAUCGAACACGUGAUCGUCGUCGUAGAUGUUGCUGGCGAAGAGGGAUCGGAUUGAUUUCGGAUUACGACGUUGUUUUGAAUUAUAGUCCACGAGCAAAAAAUGAUUGGAGUCAAACAUGUGCUUUCUCUUCGCACUUCUCGUUUGAUUUCACGAGCUCUUGUGAAGACAACAACAACUCAACAAAGCUGACGACUCACCAGAUGUUCAACUUAGAGGGUUUUGUUCAUAGCCUAAGUCCUGUUAAGCAUGCGAAAAAAAAACACAGAAAACCAUACUUUGACUGUCUUGUCCAAACUGGAGAAGCUGAAAAGGUCCGUGCCGUGUGCUAUGACCCACAGCUAAGAAAAAAUCUCCUUGAACCAUACCAAAAUAAAUCACCAAUAAAAAUCACAGCCACCAAAAGAAUGGCUAGCACCAGUACCUCUGAAGAGUUCAGAAUGACGAAAAAAUCAAAGAUAACAUCAGCAGCGCCAGAAUUCUCAUAUAACUCCCAAGUUGUCUCAUCUAUUGUGACGGUGCAAGAAGCGUUAUCAGCGCCAGAAUACAAGGCAGUUGACAUUGUUGCUAAGGUGGUAACAAAGAAUCACGAAAAUCAAUUGAUCAUUAAACAAGGUCAACAGCUAAAGAAAUCAGACUGUAUCAUUGGUGAUGAGCAUAGCACAAUAAAACUCACUCUCUGGGAAGACCUCAUUGACAGAGUAGAAUGUGGAAAAACGUACACAUUUAAGAAUGUUAGAAUCAGAGUAUUUGAUGACGUUAAAUAUCUAUCUACAAAUACUUCAACAUCAAUUGAACCAGCUGAUCGACAAAUCCAUGACAUAAACUUAACAUCUGAGCAAUUUGCUGAAAAUAUUAUCGAGGGACGGUUUAUCGGUGCCAAUGUGAAAGCAGCAAACUCUUGUGUUGUAUGCAACACCACGCUAAAUCAAGAUGAUAGUGAAGAUGACAUGAUAACAUGUCCCCUGCCAACUUGCCAAACAAUGCUCUUUUCAGAAUGCCAAACAAAACUGGUUUGCAACUUAACUGUCAAGAAAACUGAUGGCAAAAUGCAGAUGUACACAUGCUUUAAUGAUGGCCUGCAAAGUUUUCUCAUCUCCAUCAACAAAGGCGACACUAGAAUAGAUGACUUAUCACCUAAAGAACUGAACAAGCUUUUCUUAACUGCUGGAACUAAGCAACUUAUUGUGGAUAAUUCAACCUCUGUCAUUCAUCAGGUUCUCUUUUAGACCUCAAAACACGUCGAAGGUAUAAACACUACAGAAAAACAUUUAUUUGCAUAUUUUGAGUUUUUGUUGAACUACAGGCAAAAUGUCUGAUAUUCUCUGCUUUUCUUGUAUAAUACAGAGAAAUUCAUUCAAAAAAGUUAAAUUUAGAGUUCGUUUAGUUGUAAAACUGGAACCAGCAUUAUUGUUAUUGUUCAUAUUGUACAGUAUCUAGAUGACUGUGUACAAUGGUCUUGCUGAUAUUCAACUCAUAUUGAUCAUAUUGUAUAAGCCAAAAUCUAGUUAUUGGUCAACCAAGACCAUCCAUGAUAUAUUGUUUCUAAUCAACAAACAUUUCACAAUUAUAUUACAAAAUAGAGUGAAAGUACAGACAAAUAUUAUUUUAAAGGGAUUUUAUUGAAUAUAUUUUUAUAUAAGAUGUUACUGUUCAUAUUAUAACUAUAUCAAUAUUUUUGAAAAGCCACAAAAAUUGUAUUCACGUUAUAUAUUUAUAUUGAAGUGGAAAUAAAAUGUUUAUAUUUUGCAAAA